CAUUUAUUAUUAUUGUCUAAAUGGAAGGGAAUGGACAUCGUCUUUGUGCUUCAUUCGAUAUGAUAUUAUUCCGUUCAGUGGAUCGUUUCUUGACGAGACUGCAUAAUUAUUUCUUUGAGAAAACAGUCAGUGGAAAAGAGAAACUGAGACAAAAUGAUACUCUUCGUUUGUAUGUACUAACAAGUUUGAAAAGAGAUGGAAAGAAAGCAGCAGACUUCUUUUCUCGUAUAAUGGAUGGCUCAGAAACCAUAGAUAGAGUUACUCAGAAGAAGUUUGAAGAGUUCUUACCUUCUCCUGAAGAACAAAAGGAAAUAUUGGAACGAAACAUUUGGGAACAACUUCUCAAUAUGUUUAGUGUUUUAGAUAUUUGUUCCAGGCGAAAACCUUGUCUUCCUUAUGGUUCGCUUGCUUUGUUAGAGAAACCUCGUUUUCCUGAUCCUUUGCCUGACCCUUCUGAUUUAAUAAGCUUUGCUAACCGAAUAAAGGCAGGACAAUUGACUGACCGCUCGGGUGAUUUGGUUUCACUCUCUUCAAAUCAUAAGGAACUGCAAACCAUUGAUCGACAAAUACUCCAAAUUGAUAGGAGAAUAAAGCAAUAUGUUCCAACAGAGCAAGACUACGAAGAAAUGAGCCGUCGAAUAGAAAAGGAGUUGGGUUUUAUAGUUUAUCGAGCGACUUCAACUAUACCCGAUGCAGGCCAAGGACUUUUUAUCAAAGGUCAGUGUACUGUAGGUUCUGUUGUAGCGCUGUAUCCAGGAAUCAUCUAUUUUCCUUCAGAAUGGGAAAAAUUGCCUGGCUAUCCCUAUGUAAGCAAAUACAAUGUACAUCUUGUAAAACGACAGGAUGGAGUUAUUAUCGAUGGUAAGCCAUAUGAUGAGCAAACAAUAAGUUUUCAGGGAGAAAGACCUGAAGUUGCUUGGGAGCGGAUCAAUCCUUUUGCCUUGGGUCAGUAUGCCAAUCACCCUCCUAAAGGAACCGAGCCAAAUAUAAUAGCUCUAUCGUUUGAUUAUCCGUUAUACAGAAUGUCACCUGCAAUGAAAAUCUUGGUUCCUAAUCGAUAUUUACUGGAUGAACAAGAAGAUGAAGCAUGGAGCUCACAUCUUUCCAAAAUGGAAGAUGUGAUGCAGUUUGGAAAGGAUCGAAAGAGUAGAGUUAUGAGAGGGAUGGUUAUUAUUACACUAAGAGAUGUAGAAAAUGAGGAGUUGUUUAUCAACUAUCGUUAUAAUCCUUUUGCUACCCAUCCUGAAUGGUAUUGGGAUCCUUCUCCUGAAGAAACGCAGUGGCUUAUAGAGGAUCGUCAAAAAGGGGAAAGAACCAAUUUCUUCUCCUAGUAUGUAUAGAUUUGAUGCCUAGAAAAUGUAAAGCAAGUAUCAGAUAUGUACAUUUCAGAUGAUAACUUUGAUGAUGAUAAACAAAUGCACUCAGAGUAAUGCUAGAAUGAUGAAGAAGAUUGGUAUCAACAUGUAAUAGUAAGUUUCUGUUUCAGAACUUGCUCAUCAUUUGAAUAGUGCAU